GCACGCAGAUGAAACGAAGCGCGAAAGCGAGAGUGCGCUUGCUGCCGCUGCAGACGCUGCGAGAGGAACUGCUGAAGCUGCGCAAAAGCAGGUCGCCGAGGCCAAAGAUGCCGCUACCGAAGCUGCUGCGCGAGCAGAGGAGGCCGAAGAGAAACGUGCUGCCGCUGAAGACGCUUUAACUACUGCUAACGCACAGCUUCUUGCCGCGCAAAAGAGUGCCACGGAAUCCCGGCGCCAGGCUGAAGAGGCCAAGCGAGCUGUUGCUGAAGCCAAGCGUGCUGUUGCUGAAGCCAAGCGUGCUGCUGAAGAAGAGCUUCGUGCUCAGAAAAAGCGCGCUGAGGAAACUGAGCGUGCAGCUGCAGCUAGUGCAAGUCACGCGAUGGAGCAGCUUGCUGCCGUGAGCAAGAGUGCAGCUGACGCCAAGCGUGAGGCCGAGCAGGCCCAGCAAGCUAUUGAUGCUGAGCGUGGAGCUAAUGACCGCCUUCGUGCUGAGAAUGAGCGUGCCCACCAGGCUCAAAUCGAGGCUGCGGGAGAGCUUGCUCGAACUAAGGGAGCUCUCACUGAUGCUGAAGCACAGGUGCAUGAGGCGCGAGCGCGUGCCGAGGAAGCUGAGGGAAAAGCCAAGGUUGAGCAUGAUAACGCCCAAGCCGCUGCAGUGAAAGCUGCUGGACUGCUUUCUGCUGCGCAAGAGCAGGCCGCCGAGUCCGAUCGUCGGGCCGAAGAGGCGAAGCACGCUGCUGAUGAAGCGGCUGCGCGAGCAGCUGAGGCUGAGGCCCAGCGGGAUGCGGCACUUAGGGCUAAAACCGAGCAUGGUGCCAGUGCCGCCGCAGCUGCAGCUGCUACUCAGGAGGCCCACGCUUUGCGCGCUAGAGCUGAGGCAACGCGUGACGCCGCUGACGCUACUGCACAUGAGGCCCAGGAAAAGUUUGCUGCCGCGCAAAAGCGUGCAGAGGAAGCUA